AUGUGGGACUUGGAAAGCGGUGCACAGAUAGGGGACGACUGGCGCGACGAAGAGAAUAAGACAGGAGUGUGGACCAUGUCACUGUCUCCAAAUGGCAAGACAGUUGCAAGCGGAAACGUUGACGGGACAGUGAGGUUGUGGGACGUCGAGACGGGGAUGGUCAUUUCCAAAUGGAGAGGACACACUCAAACUGUGCAGUCGGUGUGCUGGAGUCCGAAUGGUGAGCGAGUAGUGAGCGGAUCCUUUGACGGGACGGCAAAAGUAUGGGAUGUCGAGAGCGGUGAGCCAGUCUUGGCCCUGGGUCUGAAUCCAAUCCAGACGGGACACGAGUCGGUGUACGCAGUGAGCUACUCGCCCAAUGCAACAAAAAUUGCGACAGGCGGAUACAAAGAGACUGCAAUCAAAAUCUGGAAUGCAAAUACAGGCGAGCUACUCUCCACAAUCAAACACGAGUGGGCUUGGAGCCUGACCUGGACGUCGGAUGGAAGGAAGCUUAUUUCUGGGUCGGGGAAUGGCUCGAUCAGGAUAUUCGACACUGCCACAUGGCAACAAAUCUCCUCCAUUCUGGAGGGUCACCAAGACCUUGUCUAUACCAUCGCUGUAUCUCGGAACGAACGCCUGCUUGCGAGUGCGUCAUGGGACGGAACAGUACGUCUGUGGAAUCUCGAUACAAACCUCCCUAUCGGCCCACCCCUCCAGCACGAAAAUCUCGUUUUCCAUGCAGCAUUUUCCUCUGACGGGAAGCUGCUGACCACGGCUUGUGCUGAUAAAAACGCGUACGUGUGGGACAUUUACGCCAUCCUCAACGCAGUUGGCCUAGAGGACAUCCUAUCUAUACCUCACAAAUCAUCUCCUGGCCCUUCAGAAUUAGAGCACACCUCCCGAUCGUCGCAGGACACAACUGACAAGUCAUUUUUGGACGCCGAUGCUACUGGGGAGCUCAAUGAUCACGAUGCCGAUCAACUCCCACCGGGAUUUUUUGAUUAUACGCAAGACGACGUCCAUACCUCUGCAACACGUGAUGCCCAUGCUCAUUCCUCUGCACACUGGUUACCCCCCUCCGCACUCCUCGCACGCCUGACCUCGCUCCUCCGCCACUCUCGAUCCGACACUGCUGAACAACCCCCAGUGCCUUCGAAGUCACGUUCACGCGCACUCCUCAGCCACCUUUCCUCGCUCCUUCACCGUUUUCGACCCGAUACUGGUGAAACGCUUGAACGUCAGCAGCCCCCAGUGCUUCCGGAGUCAAGUUCACAUAUAAUCCUCGGUCGCCUGACCUCACUCUUAAGCUCUCCAUCUAACGCCGCUGAAGGAAUCGAACUCCAGCAAUGGCCAAGACAGACUACAUCCUCUCACUGUAGUCCACAUGUCGUCGAAGUUUCUGCAAUGCGGGACAAGCAGGCAUUAUAUGUUUCUCGGCGGCCGGAAACAGCUAGUGAACAGGCCAAUCGCAUCAAGAACCCUACAACAUGGCACAUAGCCAUCGUCUUGACAUUCUAG